CACUAAUCACCCCCUGUUAGUUAUUUUGGAAAUAUAUUUCAUGUAUUGACCUCUCUACAGAUUUAUUAUAAGUAUAGAUAAAAUAUUCUUCUUCAACAGGCUGCAUGUCAAGAUGCUUACACCAUUGGCAUUGCUAAUAUUGGGCAUUUGCUCAGUAAGUUGUGACUGGAUUGUUGUUCCACCUAAUGAGCCUCCAUGUCCUACCGGGUGGGAUCGUGACAUAUAUGGUAUAUGUCGUGAUACAUGGAAAGAGGAGCCCAAAUCUCGAAGAUUCAACAGCCCUCGACACUGUCGCCCUGGCCAGCACUGGGUCCAUGGGCAUUGCCAUAACUUGUUGAUGUUACUAAUGCCAAGUUUUGGACCGAACCAAAUAUUGGGCCCACAUCACAUAACAUCGGACCUAAAUUUGGCACCACAUCACCUAGCAUUGGAUCCACAUGGCUGUCCCCCCGGUCAAGAACGGAAACACGGAAAAUGCUGGACGGAACCUUUAGAUUUAAAACAUCACAAAGGACACCAUGAAGGACACAUUAACGUACACGAUGAAAAACACCAUGAAGGACUCGUUGAAGGACACUAUGAAGGUCACCAUAAAGAACAUCAUGGAAGACACGAUGAAAGACACCAUGAUCGGCACAUUAAAGGACACCAUGAAGGACUCUUUGAAGGACUCCAUGAUGAAUACCAAGAAGAAUAUCCACACUUCCCGAAAACGUUUUGGGGCAAAAUUUCGUAUGCCCGAAGAAGGGCAGAGGAAGGAGAUGAAGCACCUGAAAUGGAAAUGUGAGAUGCUCGGGCCGCCAGUAUGAACAAUGUGGAAGAAUCGGAGACCUAAUGCUAGCGGCAGUUAGCCAAAAGACAGUUGAAUAUUCUUAUCGUUGAUUUUCUUGUAAAUAAAUGACUUCUAACUAAUCACUUAUCAA